GAGGAGUUGUUGAACACAGACUUCGCAGGGCAGAGUUGAUCGGAAUAUAGCAGCAGAUUAUUGCUUUGCUAAAGCAAAACCACAUGAGGCAUUCGGUGAAUCGUCCUCCGACACCAGAUGUACGGGAUGAUCAAGAAAAAGAGCCUACGCUUCAAGAAAUUAUCAACAUCAAGUUGAUUGAGAGUGGAGAAAAAGAGAGACUGAUGGAGCUUUUGAGGGAAAGGCUUGUGGAAUGCGGGUGGAAAGAUGAAAUGAAAUCUCUUUGCAGGGCAUUUGUUAAGAAGAAAGGAAGGAAUAAUGUUACUGUGGAUGACCUAGUACAUGUGGUCACCCCAAAAGGCCGAGCUUCAAUCCCUGAUUCAGUAAAGGCUGAAUUGUUGCAAAGGAUUCGAACCUUUCUGGUUUCUACCACUCUUUGAAGUAUCAGCCUAAUAUGGGAGGGCAAACAGGAUUAUGGCUCUUCGCUUCUUUCUUUUGUCUGUGUGUGAUCCAUUGUGAGUCCGUGUGUUUUCCAGGGUCUUUACUGCUUUGAAGCUUCUAAUUCCUCUUCUUUUGCUUGCUGCUGAUCUCACGUCAAGUUUGAUAUUUCCCUGAACACAUCUAAAUGUAGUAAGAUUAAGGAACUUCAUGAAAAUGAUGACUGAUAGGCGAUAGCUGUGGGUUCAAAUGUCUCUUUUAAGGCUUGGGGAAGUCGUAUCGUAAUACUAAUGUUGAAUGAAAUCCAUUUGCAGACUCUUUGUAAUCAUUCAAAUUGAUAUUUCCCUGAGCACAUCUAAAUGUAGUAAGAUUA